GUCUAGUGGAGAAGAGGGGAGCGUGUGCACGGUGCUUCCCACACGCGCAGACACCUUUCAAAAUCCGCUCACUUCGAAACGAAUGGAGAAACGCACGGAUCUGGCGCAGCUGUUCUGCAUGAUCGGCCGCCACGGUCCCGCCGUGGCUGUGGCCGUGAUGGCGAUGGUGUCGGUGGUGGCCGGGUUCAUCAUUUACCGGAGCGUGAAGGGGAAGCGGAGGAAGGCCGCAGCCGGGGACGGUGCGUGCGGGAGCCGCGGGGCGUCCGCGUCCGAGCUGGAGGAGACCCGCAGCUGCGUGGCGCCAACAGAUCUGAGUGACGAUGACUUGUUGGAUAUGAACGUCGCUAAUGUAACGAGGAGUCCUGGCAACCUCCGAAAGCGCCGUGCUGCUGAGAAAACAUCCGAUGCGCCCAAGAAGGAACUGGAACCAGAAAACAGACUUGAUGCUUCACGUUCGUUGGACUCUUCCGGUGUUGCUGAGGAAUGUGCAAAAGUUGCUUGGACAGUGGAGGAGGUCUGCAACCUGAGUUUACCAGAUGAUGAACCUUCAAAAGAUGCAGAGGAAGUUCAAAGUAGCUGCUUGACACCUGUAGAAACUUCUGCUGGACAUGAAAACGAAGAGGUGCCAAAAGCACAGGAAGUUGGGUUGGCUGUGAACAAUGCUCUGGAUGAGAAACUCGCAGAAAUGGAGAAACUGGCUUCAAACAGCCCAACUUGCCCUGAAAAUGCUCCAGCAAAUCAAAACCAGGAUGAUGCACAAAUAGAAAAUCAAACCACCCCAGAAACCAUCGACGUGGACUCUUGCUUGGAAGAGCCAGUCAUUUGUAUGACUGCUGUAAUCUCCUCUAGCAAGGACAAGACCAAAGAAAUGCCCCACCCAGAUCAGGUAAAGUUCUCUGAUGGCAAUAAUUGCAGUUCUUCAGAGAAUGUAGAAAGUGUGCCACAAACUAAAAAUGCACAUGAGCAACAGAUGGCUUUGGAUCAUGUGAUUGGCUACUCUACAUCGGAGCAACCAAAAGUGCCAUCUUCACAGCAGGGCCGGUGUGAGGAUAUGAUUGAGACCAUGUUGGGUGCUCAUGAUAUUUUGGAUGCCAACUGUAGUCCAUUUAGUGAGGUGAUUGAAAAGGACAUUGAUGAAGACCAUCUGAAGCAUCUUGCCACAAUCAGUCCAGUCACACUAGAGCAUAAAAAUCAAGAACUCGUGUCUGAACACACAGUUGAUCCUUCCUGUAACCAAGAGGAUGGCAUUAAGGGUGUAACAUCUUCCUUUGAAGAAUGUGAUGGUUCACAUGGGAUCAGCGUUGCUCUCCCAUGUCUGAAUAGGGUUGAAUUAGAAACUAUGCAUGACCAAGGUUUAUGUGCUACAGAAGCUGAAUUAUGUGGUUUUGUACCAGUUUACUUGCAACAAGAAGUUACCAGUAAAUAUGAAAUUUCUCUAAAGUUGCCUAAAGACACUGGUCUUGAUGGUCUUGCAUUUGAGUCUGGAAGUCUUCAGAUGGAGAAAAAGGAAACUGUCACAGAUUUGGUUGUUCUUGACUCAAGUCUGGACAAUUUACUAACAUCUUUCAUAGAUGCAGACGUUUGCUCUGUCAUGCCUUCCUUCCAAAACCAAGAAUGUGAACAAGUGCAAAUUGAAGAUUUUUCAGAAGUUCCCACUCUUCCUGUCCCGGACCUGUCCGAGAGCAUAACGAUGUGCCAAGGUCAGCUGCCAUCUUUUGAGCAUGGUGAACUGACAUGGUCAUCUUGUGGUGUUGGUGAGGAGAGUGGGAUUUCAAGCAUGACUGUCAGCCCUGAUUUGCCUGACAUGGAGUGUGACGCAACUCCUGAACGCAUGGCGUUCUCCGUCACUGGUCAGUAUCCAGUGUCUGAAGAACAUGUUGAGGAUCAAUGGAAUUUUCUUGCUGAAGAAGUUGAGUUUGUCAGUAAGGAUAUUCUAGCAGGAGUAUCACUUGAGUCGUGUCCGUCACAUGAGCUAGCCCACAUUGAGCACACUAAAGCAAAUGCGCUUCCUCCAACAAACGAGGAUGCGUCUGCUCAGGAGAUUGAGGAAAACUUCAAACUAGCAAAUCAUUUAAUAGCACAGGUUGUGGCCAGUGAGGUCUGUUUAAUGGAUGCACUUCAGAAUGAGAUGGACACAAAAGCUGAUGUAGAAAGUGAGCAGAAGGAAAUGUCAGAAAAGGACAAAAUGACUGAAAUUAAUAUCAUGGAAGCAACCAUGGACACCAAUGAGUGGAUCACAGAUGGUAACCAUGAAGUUCCAUGGAUUAACCUUUCCGUUUCAGCUCCCCACAACACACGGACUGCCUCAGUUUCCUCAGGACACCACCUCAACUCUGUUCCUGUGGAUUCCCCUAGUAAAAAUGCAGAUCCCCUUUUCAAACACUCCAGCAUUACGAAUGAAGGCAAAGGAAGUGACAAAAAGGUUGUGGCUGUCCAACCCAUGCCCCAAAAUGUCAAAGUGACCUUCCGCAUCCACUAUCUAACAAACUCGCCAUACCAGAAGGUGGCUGUCACAGGAAACAAACAGGAGCUCGGAAACUGGAAGGGUUUUAUCCCCCUUGAGAAGGCAAAGGAUGGGCACUGGUCAGCUGUGGUCAACUUGCCUGCAGAAAGCCACAUGGAGUGGAAGUUUGUGGUGGUGAACCAGGGUGAGGUGUGUCGCUGGGAAGAGUGUGGUAACCGCGUGCUGGAUACGGGCUCUGCAGAAGAUCUGCUGGUCCACAAAUGGUGGGGGUUCUUUUGAGAAGGCUGGAAUGAGUAGUAUGGACUGGGCUUUAGGACAUGGCCAGGUAAUGUCAAGUUUGUUCACUGGACCAUCUUAAGUUUAAUUACAAUUAUGAUCCGUUGGUGUAAAGUGGGUAAAUAUGGUAAGAGUUUCUACGUGUUG